AUACAAGCAGUAGUUUGAUUUGUGUUUGAGUUUAAUGUGAUCUGGAUGAUGGCAGCGCAGGCUUUAUUCACACGCAACUGCAGCUUUAGUUCAUAAAUCAUCAGAGUCGCUUAUACAUGAGAAAUAAGCAGAUGUGUUUUGCAUUUUACUUGCAUAAGCAAAGUCUCAGUAAAUGUUUUAUUUUUAGGUGCGGAUAUGAUUUUGACUGAAAUACAUCUUGAAAACAAAUUACUCUGCUAAUUUCAUUUCAUUUGAUGCUGCUCAGAUGCAGAGAGUUCUCUGGAAGACUUCUCCGUCCUCUCCUGCAGAAGCAGCGUGGCUUGUCUUCCCAUCAGCCCCUUCUCUCGGCUCGCAUGGAUCUGCCGGCGGUGCUGGAGGUUCUGGAGCGGCUCGCUCCGCUGUCGCUGGCGGAGUCCUGGGAUAACGUGGGUCUGCUGGUGGAGCCCAGCAAGCCCCGGCGGGUCAGCUCGAUCCUGCUGACCAAUGACCUGACGGCGGCGGUGAUGGACGAGGCCGAGGCCCUGCGCUGCGAUCUCAUCGUCUCCUAUCACCCUCCGCUCUUCCGGCCGAUCAAGCGUCUGCUGCAGGAGGACUGGAAGCAGCGGCUGGUGCUCCGAGCCGUCGAGGCCGGCAUCGCCGUCUUCUCUCCGCACACCGCGUGGGACAGCGUCCAGGACGGCCUCAACGACUGGCUCGUGGGGGGAAUGGGCGGGGGCUCGGUGUCGGUGCUGAGGCAGGCUCACUGCAGCGGUCCUCAGAAACACAGGCUGGAGUUCAGCUGCAAGACUGAAGCGGAGCUACAGCGUCUCCUGCAGCAGUUCGGACUCGUCCAGUGCUCAGUGGUCAGGACUGAAGGCGGAGGUCAGCAGGUGGUUCUGACCUGUCCCAGCUCGGGGGUGACCGCUGCAGCACAGAUCCUGCUGACCGAUCCACACGCCAGCAGAUCCCUCAACAUCACACAAGUCCAGCCGCCUCCGCUGCUGGGCUGCGGUCAGGGCCGGCUCAGUGUUCUGGACCAGCCAGUGUCCGUCUCUACAGCGGUGCAGAGGAUGAAGACUCACCUGGGUUUGUCCCAUCUCAGACUGGCUCUGGGGGACCAGCACACAUUAGACUCUCCGGUGAAGACCGUCGCAGUGUGUGCAGGAUCCGGAGCUUCGGUCCUGCAGGGAGUGAAGGCAGACCUCUUCAUCACAGGUGAGAUGUCCCACCACGAGGUCCUGGAUGCGGUUUCUGCCGGCACCAGCGUGAUCCUCAGCGAACACAGCAACAGCGAGCGAGGCUUCCUGACCGUCUUCAGACAGAGACUGAUCGCAGGACUGGACGAGACCGUUAGCGUAGAGAUCUCCCGACGAGACCGAGAUCCGCUGCAGGUGCUCUGAGUCCACGGAGGAU